AUACAAGAAUUCAUCAAUUUAACCUAAAAAUCCAUCCAAACCUCCAACGAGCCAACCGAAAGCAAAGAGAAAAAUCAAGAAACCUUCCAGAAUCAAAAUCUUUGAAAAGUCCGUAGUCUCCCUCUGUAUUUAUAUAUUGUAUGUACAUGCGUAUGUAUAUCCUUUAUACUUUCCCUCUCUGAGUACUGAUUAUUACUCCUGUGUGCGCUUCAUGGGAAGAAGAACCAGAGCUACAAAAUUCAAGAUAUUAUUGAAUUUGUUACAAGCAUGAUGAAUUUCAUAAAACACCCAAAAGAAAUUCUGGUGCAAUUCUCCAGAUGGAUCUCGGAUCUUGACCGGAGGCUACUGCUUUUAAUCCUUUUACCCAUUUCACUUUUUCUCUACGUUUUUCUCUCGUCGAUCAACACCACCACCACCAGUGUAAUAGUCUCGUUUUCCAAUUAUGCACCUUUCAAAUCCAUAUUCAACAGCUACUCCCCCGGCAUCAGCCAUGACCAUGAUGCACAGAACGAGACCCAGCCCGAGCCCAAGAAAGGGCCGAGAAUUGCGGUUUGUUUAGUGGGCGGGGCUCGGCGAUUCGAGCUUACUGGACCCUCCAUAAUAAAGAGGAUUCUCAAAGUAUAUAAUAAUUCCGAUCUCUUUCUUCACAGCCCGUUGGAUUCGAAUACUUACAAGUUUACGCUUCUGAAGAAGGCGCCCAGAAUCGCCGGCGUGAAAAUCUUUCAGCCGCAACUGAUUCCGGAGACUGAGUCACAGCUCCGAGUCCUCUCUUCUCAGAACUCGCCAAAUGGCAUACAGGGCCUGUUGCAAUAUUUCAAUCUGGUAGAAGGAUGCCUAACAAUGAUCCAAUCAUACCAAGAAAAGAACAACUUCACGUAUGACUGGAUUAUCCGAACCCGAGUUGAUGGGUAUUGGUCCAAGCCGUUGGCACCCGAUAACUUCAUCCCGGGUCAUUACUUAGUUCCACCAGGCUCCUCUUAUGGUGGCCUAAAUGAUCGUUUUGGUGUCGGCGAUGUUAACAGCUCCAUCGUUGCACUUUCAAGACUUUCAAUGGUUCCGGAACUCGACUCAGCCGGGUACAACCAGCUUAACUCGGAAACUGCAUUCAAGGCCCAACUCACCACUCGAAAGGUUCCUUAUGUAACCAAACCACUUCCGUUUUGUAUAGUAACAGAUCGUCGAUAUGAUUUUCCCCCGGCCCGUUUUGGUGUCCCAGUGGCAGCGUUGUCUAGCCCAGGCCCGUUAAGUGGAGCUAAAUGCAGGCCCUGCACGCCGGUGUGUACUGGGUCGUGUGUUGGGCCUAUAAUGAGUAGGCUUGACAAAGGAUGGAGCUGGACUGAAUGGACCAACAACACAGUACAGCUUUGUGAUGCCCAUGAUAAAUGGGAAAAUGGGUGGGAGAAAAUAUUUGAUAGGGUGGCCGGGAAAAAGCUAGCCGCGGCGAGGGAGGAAGUUUGGUCCAUGAAAAUCGAGCAGUGUGUCAAUGAUUUUGAGAAGUUGAGAAAUCGGACCGCCAGUUGGGAGGCUCCGCCAGUGGCUGAGAUUUGUCGGCUUGGCUUGAAAUCUAGAUGAAAGCAAAAUGAGAAAUGUUGGGAUGGCUUUUAACUCAAAAAGAGCCCCUAAUUUUUUUUUUUUUUUUUUUUUUUUUUUUUUUU